AUGGGCGCGGACGAGAGCGACGACUUGGCGCAGAGCGCCGCGGCGUUCGCCGCCCUCGAGCGCGACUUCAACGAGUUCCUGAAAGAGGUCAGCGGAGACAAAUCGCUCGACCGCUUCCGCGUGGAGUACGAGAAGAUCCACAAGGCGCUGAAGAAGAGCCACGAGUCGGAGACGCGUCUGCUCGCGAAAUGCACCGAGCUCAACGCCGACAUCGUGAACAACGCCGCGAAGGUCAGCUCCGCGCUGAAACUCAGCGAGGACGACCAGAACACGAUCGCGGGUCUGAAGGCGGAGAUCGAGAAGGCGUGGAAGAUGGUGGACGCGUCGCACGAGAAGGAAGCGCGCGCGAAGGAUAGCAUCCAGGGGUUAAAAUUGGAGAUCGCCAACCUCGGGAGCGUCGUCGAGAGAGGCCCGGACGCGAUGACCGCGGGGAUGGACCAGACCGUGGAGGAGCUCAUCGCCGCGAAAGAAGCGCUCGCGGCGGAGCGAGACGCGCAGGUGGACCAGAUCGUGUCGCUGCGGAACGAAGUCGCGGAGAUGUCCGAGCGGCUGAGAACGGCGGAGAGCUCGAAGCAAGGCUUGGAGGACGAGCUCGGGAAGCUGAGAGAUCAGGUGGAGUCGAAGAAACUCGAGGGCGAGCGCGAGGCGCGCAAGAAGGAGCGCCUCGACAAGGAGCUCGCGGAGCUCAAGACGAAGCUCGAGAACAAGCAGCACGACAUCAAGGCGAAGACGCACACGAUCAAAGAGGCGGAGGAAGCCGCGGCGAAGCUCGAGGGCAUGCUUAAGGAACAGAGAGGCGCGACGGAGCGCGCGAAGAAGGAGUACGGCGCGUUGAACGAGAAGCUGCAGAAGCUGACGACCGAGCUCGAGGAGCAGAUGCGAUCGAACGCGCAGCUCGUGACGGAGAACGGCACGAAGCGCGCGGAGCUCGAGGCGAGAGAGACGGAGCUGAGCGGCAUCAAACAAGACGCGCUGCGCGCGGGGAAAAUCCGCGACGCCACGGUGGCGAAGCUGCAGGGCGUCGAGAAGGAGAAGCGCGAGACGGAGCGCGACCGCGACGACUUGAAGCGCACGAUCGCGGAGCUCGAGCGGCAGAUCGAAGCGGAGCGGAAGCAGGCGGAGACGGAGGUGAAGAAGCAGCACGAGCUCAAGCGCGAACGCGACAUCCUCACCAAGCUCAAGUCGCAGGCGGAGAGCGCGACGGUGGAACAGCGCGACCUCGUCAAGGUGAACGAGAACACGAGGAAGACGCUGGAGCAGGAGAUUCAGGGGUACAAGAUGGAGGCGCAGAAGCAGGCGAAGAUGAUCUUCAAGCUGGAGCAAGAGAGGGAGAAGUACGGCGGGGAGGCGUCGGACGCGACGGCGCGGUAUCUCGGCGCGCUCGAGGAGGUGAAGAUUCGCGAGAUCGCCAUCAUCGACCUUCAGAAGCGCAUCAGCGACGGCGAGAACCGGCUGAAGCAGCAGCAGAACUUGUACGAGGCGACGCGGACGGACCGCAACACGUACAGCAAGAACCUUCUCGAGUCGCAAGACGAGAUUCUCGAGAUGAAGCGCAAGUUUAAGAUCAUGAACCACCAGAUCGAGCAGCUCAAGGAGGAGAUCAGCGCGAAAGACCUGGCGAUGGUGAAGGAGCACUUUGACUACAUGAAGGUGGAGAAGGAGAAAGAGACGCUUCGGUUCGAGCUCAACAAAGCGCUGCAGAAUAUCAAAGAGGCGGAGAGCGCCAUCAGCUCGCAACGCGCGGAGAUGCAAAAGUUGAACCACGUCAUCAACGAGGCGGAUCAAGAGCGCGCGCGGCAGAAGAAGGAGCACGACGUCGUCGUCAACGACCGCGACGUCCUCGGGACGCAGCUCAUCCGACGCAACGACGAGCUCGCGCUGCUGUACGAGAAGAUCAAGAUACAGCAGAGCAUCUUGAACAAGGGGCAGAUUCAGUACAGCGAGCGUCUGAACGAGCUGAGGGUUCUGAAGAUCAAGCUCGGGGAUCUCAAGCGCGAGCUCGCGGUGCUGCGAAACUCUGUGGGCGACGUGGACGUGCUGAAGCGCGAGGUGCAUCACCUGGGCAGGGAGCUCCUGUCCGAGAGGACUAAGGUGAAGGCGCUGUCGGAGGAGCUCGAGAACCCGCUGAACGUGCACCGGUGGAGGAAGCUCGAGGGCUCGGACCCGGCGACGUUUGAGAUGAUUCAAAAGAUUCAGACGCUGCAGCGGCGGCUCAUCGCCAAGACGGAGGAGGUGGUGGAGAAGGACCUGCUGAUUCAGGAGAAGGAGAAGCUGUACGUCGAGCUCAAGACGGUGCUCGCGCGACAGCCCGGCCCGGAGGUUGCGGAGCAGCUCAGCGUGUACCAGCAAAACUUGCGAGAGAAGACGCGGCAGAUGAAGGGGAUGGCGAGCGAACUCAACAUGUACGUCACGCAGACGUCCGAGUACAAGUACGAGAUCGACCGGCUCACGCGGGACCUCGGGGAUCUGAAGAAGCGGUACUACGAGACGAAGCGACGCGAGGCGCUCGAGCGCGAGCGCGCGUUCGAGCCGGAGAUGACGAAGACGAUGUCGAGUUACAACAACAACCCGAACCAGGCGCGGUUCACCGGCGGCGGGUUCGGUCUGAGCUCGUGAGACGUCGGGCGGGUGGACGGAUGGACGGGGUACCAAAAGAGAGUAGAGUCUCUUCUUCCGCUGUUUGCUCUCUAAGAAUAUACCAAAUUAC